CAAGAAUUUCUUUGCACACGGCUCGGUCGCUCGCGGCCCACGUCCACGUCCGCUCCCUGCGUCGUUGCGCGUUCUCCUUCCCUCCAACUCCAACGCCGCCGACUCCAAGCGCCGGGCGAACCGACAACCGCCGCAAUCGGGCCACACCAAAAUCCACCCCCCCCCCCCCCCCCCCCCCGGCAAUCGCAGGCAUGCCGCGGCCCCCGCCGCCGGGCCGCGGGGCCCCGGGCGCCAGGCGGCCGAUGCGGGACUUCUUCGCCGUCUGGCUGGCCACCCUCCGCUCUCCGCUCCUCCCGCUGCUCCGCCGCGCGCUCUCCGCCUCCUCCGGCUCCUGGGACGACCCGCUCUCCUCCGCCGCCGCGGCCGUCGAGGCCCACUUCCAGGCGCACUGGUCCGCGCUCGACGCGGCCGCGCGCCAGGACCCGGCGCAGGUCGUCGCCGCGGGGGACUGGCGCUCCCCGCUCGAGCUCCCCUUCCUGUGGCUCGGCGACGUCCACCCCUCCCUCCUCACCUCGCUCCUCCGCACGCUCUCGCCAUCGCCGCGGCUCCUCGCCGCCGCCGACCGCGUCGACCGCCGGAUCCGCGCCGCCGUCCCCGCCGUCUCCGAUCGGCUCCGCCGGGCCCAGGAGGCCUUCGUCGCCGCAGAGGUGGCCGGCGCCGCCGACGUGGAGGCGUUCCUGGAGGAGCUCAAGGGCGUCGCGCUCGAGGCCAAUCGCCUCCGUCGGGGCGUUCUUUCGGAGCUCGUCGCCGCCGCCGGGGGUUACCAGGCGGCGCUGUACCUCGACGCGCUAUCGCGCUUUGUGCUAUCCAUGCACGACCCCGAGGUGCUCCGCCGCUUUGACCAGUGCCGCCCCUCGCCCGGUAGCUAGUCCCCCCUCUUGCUCCCCAGCAUGCAGAACUUCGUUCACAAAGACUAGUAAGCACAGGACUCUAUGCUUACGUGGUCCAAAGCAGCAAGGUUGCAUAGCAGUGGAAGAAACAUCGAAAGAAUAUGUACGCUGGUGGUCCAAUGUAAGCUCAACGUGUGAUGUACAGUAGUCAUACUAAGUAAAUAAUGGAAGUCUGUGUUGGUUAGCAUCAAGAACUUGUCAUGGUCAUAAAGAACAGUAUCUUUACAGUUCUUCCAUGUGACAUGUGAACAGAUCACUGCUAGGUUAGGUGAUGGUCUCCAAAAGUGCACCCAAAGGUCCCACUGUUUACAUAGUAGAUCCAUUGGUUAAAUGUUGUAAAGCCCUCUGGGGUUCAUAUAGUUACAGUAAUCCAGUCUGGCAGUUGCACAUACAGGUGAUUGUAACUUGUAAGUUUACAACAGAUCUCACUGAAGUAGUUGUUCAUGAGUUUGUGCUGUCCUCAAGACAGAAAUUUGUUCUCUUGGUUCAGACAAA